CGACAACGAUCAAUGGACGAACCUUUGGUCUCCGGCGGCAUCAUGCUGCUCAUCUGCUUCGGCGUGACAGUUAUUAUGCAGUGCAGCUUCUUUGCUAUCGCCUACACGUGUCAGUUUGACAAGGUGACGGACCUGGCGGGCGCACUCAAUUUCAUCGUGCUAGCAGUAUUGUCGCUCGCGCUACAAGACGCGUACGACACCCGCGCCAUCGUAGUGACAUGCCUUCAAGUGGUGUGGGCCCUACGUUUGGGCUCCUUCCUGCUGAUCCGCGUACUUAAACGCGGCAAGGACGAGCGAUUCGAUGAGAUGCGUGCCAACUGCAUGGCGUUCUUUGGCUUCUGGAUCUUCCAGAUCUUAUGGGUCUUUAUGGUCUCGCUUCCGGUGGUGCUGGCAAAUUCGUGCGGUGACCAGGUCAACGGCAGCUUCGGCAAGGCACCGGACAUUGUUGGCUGUGUUCUCUGGGCGAUAGGAAUUGUGAUAGAGGUCGCCGCUGAUGCCUCCAAGUCAGCCUUCCACGAUGAUCCCAAGAACAAAGGCAAACUGCUACAGUCGGGCGUGUGGAAGUACUCACGCCACCCUAACUACUUUGGCGAAAUACUCUGCUGGGUGGGAGUGACCAUUGUUGCCAGCGCGAACUUCGGUAGCAAUGGAGGCAAGACGUGGUUCUACUACGUCAGCUGUAUCAGCCCCGUGUUCACAUUCCUGGUGCUCAUGUUCCUGUCGGGGGUGCCGCUUGCCGAGGAUCGCUACGACGAGCGCUUCGGGCUAGAUCCGGACUACAUCGAGUAUAAGCGCGCGACGAGCCCAUUGCUCAUGCUGCCGCCGGCGUUCUACCGAUCACUUUCAGACGCGAUCAAGCGCUGGUGCUUCUUUGAACUAGAACGCUAUUCGCGUAAGCUCCGCCAUCCCAGCUGA